UGCAUACACACAUCUGCCAUGUUUGGACUCUGGUCGUAGGUAGAUGUCGUUGCCGCAUAGGAGCUGUUACUUAGCUAGUCGCACGUUUUGUCUAGUCAUGACGGAGAUAUACUAAAGAUUAAAUGCCGUUUCCAGAUUUGUAGUCAAACUCCAGCGUUAAGUGGGAGGCGUUUUGCAUCAUGACAGCCAAAGCUCAGGAUUUCGACUUUGAUGAAUAUGAUAAACCCGGUGCCGAGCGCUCACGCAGGAGAAGGGGUGAAAAUGAUGAUAUUGAUAGUGAUUUGGAAGAGGACUUGCUGGAGGAGGACUGGCUGUCAUGUAAAAAGAAUCCUUCAGAAAUAUCAGAUGAAGAGCUAAAUGAUGACCUUCUCCAAAGUGAUGAUGAAGAUCAUAAUAUAAGUGGCCAGGAUUUGAGCUUAAAUGCCACAUACACCUUGGGCACAUCCUAUGACCAGCAGGACAACUUGCGGGAAGCGGACUACCCAGAUGAAGUGGUGAACCUGGGUGCAGAGGGCUGCGAGGAAGGGGAUGUAGAGGCGGAGUAUGAGCAGGAGGGGGGAGAGUACACAGGGGAAUACAGCCAGGACGAUAACACCGAGAUGCCUGAAGACCAAAUGGAUUACGCUGAAGAGCCAGCUGAGGGUGAUGAUGGCUACCAGGAUGAAGUGCUAGACAUCCAAAUCAAUGAACCCAUAGAUAGCGAAUUUCAAGAUGAUGAAUACUCGACCACCUAUAAUGAUGAACCCCUUGAUGAAGAUGGAGUCCAACACGAGGAGGCCCCUGAGGAGGUGGAGUUGUUGGGGGUAGAGCAGCAGGAAGAUGAGGAGGAAGACACCGCUGAGGGCACUCAGGUAUGCCACACGGAGGAGGUUGAAAAUGAAGCUGUGCCUGAAGAAGAAACAAAGGAAGAAUCAGAUGAGGAGGAUGAGGAAGAUGAAGAGUCUGGUCGCAUGAGGUUCAAAUCUGAAAGAAAGGAUGGGGUUGUUGUUCGUUUGGCCGAUGCGGCUGGUAAAAGGAGGAACAUUCCUGAAACACUCGAACUGUCAGAAAAGGCCAAAGCAGAUCUCAGGGAGUAUGAGGAACAAGAACGUCAGAAGAGACAAAGCCGCUACGGAGGCCGAGGAAGAGGAGGAGGAGGAGGAGGAGGACGAGGAGGCAGAGGAAGAGGUGGCUUUCCAAGUUUCGGAUUCCCAGAAUUCAGAGGAAACAGAGGAAGAAUGAACGACCAUAGGCCUCCUUUGAUGGGAAACAUGGGCAUGCACCAGUCUUCCCGAAUGCCGCCUCCUCAUCAGCAGCAACUGCAGUCCCAGCAGCACCACCCCUCUCGUCCAAGAGGGCCUCCUCCCUUCCAAGACCAUGGGCGCCCGCUGGCCCAGCAGCCCCUUCAGCCCCUCAUCCCUCCACACAUGGCUCACCGCUCUCCACCAUUGCGGCCCCAGAUGGAGCCACCGCCACGAAUGAUGAGCUCCCCACCACCCAACUUCCCCCCGCAUCACCAGCAGCAGCAGCAGCCUCCGCAGCAGCAGCCUCCACAACCCAAAAACAUCCACAUUAACCCACAUUUCAGAGGUCCAGUGUCAUCAUCUGUACAAGUGCCCUUGAUGCCUCCUGCUCAGAGCCAGCCCAGACCUGCUGUGGGUCCUCCGAGGUUCCCUGGACCGGGAGAUUUUCAGCAGCACAUGUCUGGUAAUUUUGGUCAACCCCAGCGGCCCCCUCAUCACAUGGAGCCCUUUAGGAACCAGCCACCUCAAGGCCCUCAGGACAGAGAACCUCUCUUUAUGGGAGAACGUUCAGAGUCAACACGGUUUCCCGGGCAGCACAUGUUUGAUCAUCAGAGCCCUAGUCCUCUGAUGAACAACAACAACCUCCACCAGCAGCUGCCCAGCCAGGGGCACAUGGGCUUUGGCCCACCAGGACCCGCUUUCAACCAGCAGGGCCAGGAUCCGCUAGGAUUGUUUCAGAGAGAACCCCCUAGACCCCACCUCCCUCCACACCAAGGUCACCAGGGUAUAGUCGGCUUGAAUCAACAAGGAGGCCCUCCCAACCAGCCCAGGCACUUUAUGGGCCCUCGCCAACCGUUUGGCCAACCGCGGAACCUGUUCCCUCCUCCACAGGUUCAGUUCGGGAUGCAGGUACGACUAAGACUUCCCCAUCAUGACCCACUGCCACCCCAUCAGCCCAUGCACCAACAGCAUCAGCAGCAACAGCAGCACCAUCAUCAGCAACCAGUAAAUCUCAAUGAACCUCGUCCUAUGAUGCACCACGACCAGAUUCCCUUCCAUUCACAGCAGGCACAUGGUAGCCCUAGGCAGAUGACUCCCCGCCCCCAGAACCCCCAGCUGCGCAACAUGGCAAACAGGCAACGAAUGAACACACCACUGUCCAAGCAAAUGCAAAAUCCACCCCAGCGCAACAGCAACCUACGGGAGGUCCCUGUCGCACCUGGCAACACAAACAUGAACAGUGCCCGCCCCGCCACCUCUGCCGGCAACGUCAGGCCUGUUGCCAGGGCAACACAGGGGGUGCGUCCCGGGCAGAACACUCAGCCGAUGCCUGACGGUGGCAGAGGACGAGGCCAAGUUGCUGCCAAGACAGCAUCACAGCCUGGGGGAGCGGGCAGGACAGUGGUUCGCAAGGAACUCUCAAGCACACCAACGGGCACAGCACCACAGAUUCCUGAUGAAGAUGAGGAGACACGUCAGUAUCGUAUGAAGAUUGAGGAGCAAAAGCGUCUGAGAGAGGAGAUACUGAAGAGAAAGGAGAUGAGACGACAGAUGCAGGCUGGGGUCAGAAAGAAGGAGCUACUGGAAAGGCUUAGUGCAUCAAACACUCCAAACCAAGGCCCAGUUCCUCCCCAGAUUCAGCCCUCACAAACAAAUCAGCCAACGCCACACCCUGUGCAACAGCAACCGCAAGUACAGCAGCAGCCGGAGCAACAGCCGCAGCUACAACAGCAAAGACAGAUUCCACAGAGAACACCUCAGUCCUUAAAUCAGCCACUCAAGAGUCCUAAUCAAGGCACGUUUAUUUCUCCCAGUGGUGCCACUCAGACCCCCACACCACGUCCUAAUGUCAAGACACGGCUGCAGAUGGUAAAGGGUAGCGGUCAGCAGCAGCAGCAUCCUGCCAUUGGCCCAGACCAGUGGAAGCAGCCCCAACAAAACCAGCAGCAGCAGCUGCAGCAGCGAAGGAACAGUGCUCUCCAGAACACAAACAGACCAAUUACUCAAAUCCAGUCCACUCAAGUCCCCCAAAAGAACAUACCCGUAACUCCCUCAACAGGGCCUGGCCUUGCUCAGCCUCAAGGACCUAAACCUGGAGCAAAAAGAACUGUGAUGCAGCGGGCCAAAAACCCAGGCGCCGAUGGACUGCAGGUGCCACAAAAAGUCAGAGUCGUCAAACUUUCUGGAGCUGGUGGAAAGGGGCCUGAGGCCACAGGUGUCCCUGUGCAGCAACAAGGCACCUGGUCGGCAACACCACUCAACCAAGGCGUGCAAAGGAAGGUUACCAUGACAGGACAGCAGCCACAGGGACCAAGUGCAACACCGCAGGCUAGCCGAGGGGGCAUGGGCAACCCUCAGCAAAACAGGGUGGUGGUCUCGGGCCGGGGCCGAGGUAGAGGGGGUGGGCAGAUGGGCCGAGGCCGUCCAGUGUCCACCAGGCAGAACCAAAGAGGAGCGGAGGGCGAACCGUGUACCGUGUCCAUAGAGGGCCUCUCAAGCUCUACAACUGAUGUUCAACUGAAGAACCUCCUCAGGUCCAUCGGGCCCAUAGAGACAUUCAAAAUGAUGCCUCAGCAGAGGAAAGCGAUUGCCACAUUUUCCUCUCCUCAGCAUGCAGCAAGUUUCCAGAUGAGCUUCCACAGGCACAUGAUUGAUUUAUCCCACAUUGACGUGUCGCUGAUUGAUGGAUGAGGAGCACACUAGAAGCAGAGAGGGUCCUGUUGACGACAAGUCACUCCCGUCUGACGUUUUGACUUCGCGUGCACAGCUCCAGCGCCACAUAGGAAUAUUUCUUCAGCCUUAACGUGGCCACUUAACCGUCGAUGUCUCCGUACAGAAGCAGCGCUCAUCACCGAUCACCCUGGGACACAGAACACAAAGACAUUAGCUGCAAGCAUGACUGUGUUACACUGUGUCUGCCAUUGUCCGCUGUUGUAAAAGGCACUGGAGAGACACUGGACGAUUAAUCUUAGAUGUAGUAGUUUGUGAGGAAUAUUUGUGCAUCUUUCACGGACACUAAGUAAACCUUAAGGGAUAAUGGUUGCUCCCCUCCUCGGUAAUAUUCAUUGCAACAAAUUAAAUAGACACAGAUUAGUUCUUUUUUUAAUUGAAGGCUUACUGUUGGCUUCAGAUGCAGGAAAUGGACGUGUCAGACUGUGACUAGCGCCUCCCCCUCUGUAGAUGGCAGUAUUUCAUCAGUUUUGGCGACUCAUUAGUUUCAAGCCAAGGCAACGCUUAGGUAUGGAUCAGUGGCUUUUGGGUGAAUGGCGCCGCCUAGUGGAGAACUCGCAUACAGGCAUGAAGAUGUCCUGGGGUUUUGAAUGUCAACACAUUGACCACUUGUUUUUGGAAUAGCGGAUGUUGCGACUGUGUUUGUCCACUUCAUGGUGCUUUUCAGUGUCGGAUAAUCUCUGGACUUUAGGUCAGUUAUUCCGGUCAGUUAACAUUGCUCUCUAUUAUAAAUGUUAUAUUUUAAGUGUUACAUUAGCUGUUUCUGGGAAAAUCCCCACCCCUUCUUGAAAAGACGUUUUAGGUGCAUGUCUGAUCCUGGGCUUUGGGCAGAUAUUGGAUGUCUGAUCUGAUAGGUGGACUUUGAAGAAGUGUGUUUGUAUUGGUUUUGAGACUUUUAAUAAUUGAACAUAAAUAUUAAUUAUGGUAAUUUAAUAUUGGUUUUGUUUGGUUAAUUCGCAUCAGUGUCUGUAAAGUUUGGAUCCAGGAUGUACAUGAUUACUCCAUUGUGGUGUAAUUGAUCCGGAUCUGUGUGACAGUUGAUAAUUGGGUGCUUCAUCACCGAGUUUCGUGGCGUACCUUUGACACUGCACUGGUACCUCGGAUGUGGUUAUCCUGGUUCCGUAGAUAAACAUAAACAUAUUCCCCUGGUUUAAUGAAUGUCACUUGUUUUAAUAAGAUCACCGCUGUGAAUUCUGAGCUGCUGAGUGUACAUAGUGUCACAUUUCUUAAUGUGUGAGGAAUUUUACUUGGCACUUGUUUGAACUUAAAUAUGUAAAUUUGUUUUGUUAUCCUUUGAGCAUAUGCGCAGAUUUGGUUCUUUAAGUGUUACCGCGUGAGUACAUAACUGGAAUUCUUGGAAAGGUUCAUUAUUACUCAUCAAACUAAACACUACAGGGUAAGCUUACUUAUGUUUUCCUCAUGAUUUUCCUCAUCACAUUACAUUUUAUCUACCCCAGGUAUAAAUUUGUGAAAAAAACCAAACAUAUUUCUUUCAUUUUCAGUCACAUUCAUGCAUAUUUAUCCAUAACGGAAGUGCAGAAGGGAAUCUCAUGUGAAUUAUUCAUAAGAAUAUGACAAUAGAAAGUGAGGGGGCAACCAUUAUCUGUUUAGUGAUUAUGUACAUAAGUAGAUGAUAACCUCAAUAUUUCGAUAUUUAUCCUGUCCAAACAGUUUUUCGGGUUAUUCUUUACUCAUGUUGUAUCAAGUUAGCAUUUUUAUAUGUAAAGAUAUGCCGAUGUGUCCAGACAUUAAUCAUUUUAUAAGUGUUUUGUUUUGAGUUUAGAGCCAAAAUGACUGGACCGCAUUUCUGUUUAUAAGACAUUUGAGAAGAGGUUGAAGGGGGGACAAAAGAAAAUAAAAAAAUGGCCAAUAUACCGUCAACAUGCAGGUAUGUGGAGCCGGUUCAACUUUAGCCCAAAGAUGUGUGGUUGUGUGUCCAUGUGUCCAGUACUUUUACAAUCAGGUAUUUUUAUUAUUUGUACCAGGGUUAUUAAUAUUAGUAGUACUUUUACACUUUGUAAAAUCUUGGAUAUUCACUUUGCUACAUACCUCAUCAUUUUUACAACUGUUACACAGUUAAAUAAUGCACAGAUUGAUCCUCUGUUAUUUUAAAUAUUAACUGUAGUCUAUAAAUAAUGAGUCUCACAGAUUAAGGGGAAUGCUGCUAAAUUUGGCAUCAAAAUGAUUUGCUUUAAUGACAGAAGUGAGCGUUUUUUUUUUCCUGCUCAUUUAACCUUGAUGUCGUACUAAUGCACUGCUCCAUUUCAGUACACAACAUGCCUUAAAUGAAUAUAAGAACACCUGAAGUGGCUUUACUUGAAUGUGGGUUAGAGCUCAUUUUAAAACAGGUCAUUUGGAUGGUUAAUGUCAUUCAAUGAAUUGACUCCUGGCUGUGCAUCUGGGUGACAUCACAGAUUAAAAGGUCUCUGGUUUUGAGACAUGCAUGUGACAAUUUUAUUUGGAAAUUUAGUGGUAUUUCCCUUAAAUUAGUUGUUUUUCUUAACCAGAUACAUACAGUUAGAAAUAACUAGACUACAUCCUAGAUUGUCCACAUGCUUGAAGCACCGAUGGUUAUUAAUUUGGACAAAUGAGAUGUGAGACAAUGUCCGAAAACUCCUUAAGUCCUUGUGAAACUUGGUUGUGUGGUUCAAAGUCUUUUGUAUGUUGUACAGUUGUUCUAAAAUCACUUAAUUUGUGUUUUAUUCCUUUUGUUUGAGUUGCACUGAUGUGAAGGUUUUUGUGCCCUGAGAAUGUGAACUCACUGUUUAUAAAUGUUAUGCAUUUUUACACUUAAGUCACAGUUAUGUGGUAAAUCCUGUGGAUUUGACAAACGUAUCAGCAAUGCCAGUGUUAAACAUGUUAUAAGACAAGUAGUCUUGUAAUCCAAAACAGAUUCAUAUUGAAUCUAUUUGUAUCUUAAGUUUAGAAACUGUAUGAUUUGAUGUUCUAUUUUCUAUCCAGUGAUGUUGCUUUGCUAGUUUACAAUAGAACGAAAUGACCUAAAUGUUUUCUGAGCCGGUAGAGGUCACUGACAUAUUUGAUUCAACUCAGGUUUCUCUCAAUGGGAUUCAUUUAGUGAUUGCAUAAGAAAUCAUCAUGGCUGAAAAUGAUUAUUUUCACACUGGUUCUACUACAUCUGCUAUUACCCCACACUAACGCUCUAGUUUUUAUUUUUCAGCAGGUCCGUUUGGUGAAAGAGGAGCGCUGAAAUAACCUUCUCAUUCUUUUAUGUUUCUUAGGUCAUGUCCUGUGCAGCAGAACAGACAGUGCUGAAUGUUGUUGCUUCAAAAGGCUUUAAAAGCAAAGACCAUACCAGGGGUUUAGUUUAGUUUAGUUUAGUUUAGUUUAGUUUAGUGAUCAGAUUUGGGGAAGACAUGCGAUGGGAUUUAGCAGUGAUUAGAUAAUGAUAUGAUUUUAGCUCCAGUCUGGGGUUCAUAGCAGUAGUUCGCUCAGUUUAGUUUCAGCUGGCUGAUGCUUUUAUAGUUGACUGAUGAUGCUGUUAGCUGCUUGUUGGGUGUUUCAUAGUGUAUGAGCUGGAAUUGCCCACAGUUUGUGCCUUUUUAAUAAAAUCCUUAUCUGACAGUAAUUUUAAUGUAUUCUUAAACUCCUGAAAACUUUGUAUCUGCUGUUUUUCUCCACUUAAUUGAUUUUAAUUUGGUAUUUAACAAACUUCUUUACUUGGAAUAGCUUUUGCCUUUUGAAAAUCAUUGAAAUUGGCGGCACUAAAUGAGAAUUUUUGUAACGGCAAAAAGCAGUGCAGAGUUUUCUCCGGUGAUGAAAGUUUGGUAGAUAUGGAUUUGGGUUUGGCUAUGACAUAGUGAUCAGAGCAAAAGUGUUCAAAGAAAGAGUUUAUUUGAUUGCACGAAAGGUACAAACUGUGGCUUUGAGUCAGAUGAAAUCUUCCAAAACCACUGGUAUGGUCUGGUAUGGGUGUUUGUUUUUGGUAAAAAUUUUUAUUUAUUUAUUUAUUUAUUGCACUAGCCAUUUCCAUUAUCAUCCUAUUGUGUGAUAAGAGUGCAGUGACAGUGUGAUUAUUUAUAUAAAGAUUUGAUCAGAAGUACGUUCGACUAUGACCAAACACCUGAUGUGACCACUGUUGCCACGGUUACCACACCUGACUUACUCCACCUUUUAACACAUUGCUUUUAACUCAACCUUUCCUUAGUGUGAGGAGCCCCGGUGCCGACCCGUCUCUGUUGUUCUUUCUUAACUCUAAUACUUUUAAGUACUUUCACAGCAACGCAGCCUCGGAGCUCAGACGGAAGAUCGCACCCUGACUAAAUAAAUGCACUCAGUUUUCCGAUUUCCCCCACAUUUCCUUCCAUCGCUGCUUUUUCUACCACUGCUGCCGUUGCAUAACUUGAUGUUGACUUGAUGCUGCACUUUUAAGACUUUUGUAUCGAGCAGGGUGGCCCACCUGGAUUACCAUUGUUUGUUAACCCAGUGGAUGGAGGUUUCCAUCUCUGUGACGACCGUCGGGUUCACAGAGCAGACGUAAACUCUAAAAGCGCUUUAUGGCUUUCACUGCACCAAAGGGUCAUCCCGGCUUCUGACAGUUAUUGUUUGGUUGGAUUUAGAGAAAAAAAACAAAAAAGACACUGCAGAGUUUCUUCAUCUUGAACAUUAUGGUGCAGUAAAUAAUGACUCCGAUCGCUGCCAAUCCAACCUCUGUGGGUUUUAACUGAAACUGUUGACCACCCUUUCUACCGUGUGUUUUCAUACUGGGAUGUGUGAUGUGACGUAACACUGUUUUGAGUCUGAUGAUCUCACUGUAUCACCACGCAAUUUGUACUGAUACUGCAAACGUUUGUGAUUGUCCCAAAGAAACAGAAUGGUUGUCAAAGAAAGAAGUGGAAUGUGUAACAUUUGAUACAAGAAACUGGAAAAUAAAAUAGAAAAUUAAACAUGAAA